AUGGAGCCAAGAGCCUGGACUCUGCAGUGUACUGCUUUCGCUCUCUUUUGCGCUUGGUGUGCAUUGAAUAAUGUAAAAGCCAAGAGGCAGUUUGUGAAUGAAUGGGCGGCGGAGAUCCCCGGGGGACCGGAGGCAGCCUCAGCGAUAGCCGAGGAGCUGGGCUAUGACCUUCUGGGUCAGAUUGGCUCACUUGAAAAUCACUACUUAUUCAAACAUAAAAACCAUCCUCGGAGGUCUCGAAGGAGUGCCCUUCGUAUCACUAAGAGAUUAUCUGAUGAUGAUCGUGUGCUAUGGGCUGAACAACAGUAUGAAAAAGAGAGAAGUAAACGUUCAGUUCUAAGAGACUCAGCACUAGAUCUCUUCAAUGAUCCGAUGUGGAAUCAGCAGUGGUACUUGCAAGAUACUAGGAUGACUGCAGCCCUGCCCAAGCUGGACCUCCAUGUGAUACCUGUUUGGCAAAAAGGCAUCACAGGCAAAGGAGUUGUUAUCACUGUACUGGAUGAUGGCUUGGAGUGGAAUCACACAGACAUCUAUGCCAACUAUGAUCCAGAGGCUAGCUAUGAUUUUAACGAUAAUGACCACGAUCCAUUUCCCCGAUAUGAUCCCACAAAUGAGAACAAACAUGGGACCAGAUGUGCAGGAGAAAUUGCCAUGCAAGCAAAUAAUCACAAGUGUGGGGUCGGAGUUGCAUACAAUUCCAAAGUUGGAGGGAUAAGAAUGCUCGAUGGCAUUGUGACGGAUGCUAUUGAAGCCAGCUCAAUUGGAUUUAAUCCUGGACAUGUGGAUAUUUACAGUGCGAGCUGGGGCCCUAAUGAUGAUGGGAAAACUGUGGAGGGGCCUGGCCGACUAGCCCAGAAGGCUUUUGAAUAUGGUGUCAAACAGGGGAGACAAGGAAAGGGCUCUAUCUUCGUCUGGGCUUCUGGGAAUGGGGGGCGUCAGGGAGAUAACUGUGACUGUGACGGGUACACGGACAGUAUCUACACCAUCUCCAUCAGCAGUGCCUCGCAGCAAGGCCUAUCCCCCUGGUACGCUGAGAAGUGCUCCUCCACGCUGGCCACCUCGUACAGCAGCGGCGAUUACACCGACCAGCGAAUUACGAGUGCUGACCUGCACAACGACUGCACAGAGACCCACACAGGCACCUCUGCAUCAGCACCCCUGGCUGCUGGCAUCUUCGCUCUGGCCCUGGAAGCAAAUCCAAAUCUCACCUGGCGAGAUAUGCAGCACUUGGUUGUCUGGACCUCUGAGUAUGACCCACUGGCCAAUAACCCUGGAUGGAAAAAGAAUGGAGCAGGCUUGAUGGUGAAUAGUCGAUUUGGAUUCGGGUUGCUAAAUGCCAAAGCUCUGGUGGAUUUAGCUGAUCCCAGGACCUGGAGCAGUGUGCCUGAGAAGAAGGAGUGUGUUGUAAAAGACAAUGACUUUGAGCCCAGAGCCCUGAAAGCUAAUGGAGAAGUUAUCAUAGAAAUUCCAACAAGAGCUUGUGAAGGACAAGAAAAUGCUAUCAAGUCACUGGAACAUGUGCAAUUUGAAGCAACAAUUGAAUAUUCCCGCAGAGGAGACCUUCAUGUCACCCUCACUUCUGCUGCUGGAACCAGCACCGUACUGUUGGCUGAAAGAGAGCGGGAUACAUCUCCUAAUGGCUUUAAGAAUUGGGACUUCAUGUCUGUUCACACAUGGGGAGAGAAUCCCAUAGGCACUUGGACUUUGGGAAUUACAGACAUUUCUGGAAGAAUGCAAAAUGAAGGAAGAAUCGUGAACUGGAAGCUAAUUCUGCAUGGGACCUCUUCUCAACCAGAACACAUGAAACAGCCCCGAGUGUACACGUCCUACAACACCGUUCAGAAUGACCGAAGAGGGGUGGAGAAGAUGGUGGACUUGGGGGAGGAGCAGCCCACACAAGAGAACCUGCAUGAGAACCCUCUGUCAUCCAAAAGCCCCAGCAGCAGCGGUGUGGGGGGCAGAAGGGAUGAGCUGGCAGAGGGAGCCCCUUCUGAGGCCAUGCUACAACUCCUACAAAGCGCUUUCAGCAAAAACCCACCCCCAAAGCAAUCACCAAAGAAGUCUCCAAGUGCAAAGCUCAACAUCCCUUACGAAAAUUUCUAUGAAGCCCUGGAAAGGCUGAACAAACCUUCCCAGCUUAAAGACUCUGAGGAUAGUCUGUAUAAUGACUACGUUGAUGUUUUCUAUAACACGAAGCCUUACAAGCACAGGGAUGACCGGCUGCUGCAAGCUCUGGUGGACAUUCUGAGGAAGGAAAAUUAA